AUGGUUAGCGUUAAAAAAGUCAAGAAAUCACAAGAAAACAUUGGUUCUAAAUUAGCCCUCGUCAUGAAGAGUGGUAAAUCCCAAUUAGGUUACAAAUCAACCCUUAAAACCUUAAGAGCUGGUAAAUCAAAAUUAAUUUUACUCGCUAGCAAUUUACCAUCAAUCCGUAGAUCUGAAAUCGAAUACUACGCUAUGUUAAGCAAAACCACCGUCCAUUUAUACUCAGGUAACAAUGUUGACUUAGGUACUGCUUUAGGUCGUCACUACAGAGUCUCUGUUAUGUCAAUUACCGAUGCUGGUGACUCAGAUAUCUUAACUGCUUUAAACGCUAAAGCUUAA